UCCGCCGUCAUGAGUCUGAUCAUAAAAGAAUUACCUAAUUUUAUAUUUAGGUUCUUUGUGUCCAAGAAGCUAGGAUAUGUUACUGCGUUUUUGUGCUGGAGUCCAGGUUACCUGUUGCAGUUUUCAAGGGUUGCUCGAGACGGUUCCCUCAGAGUUAACAUUCAGAAUGAUUUCGCUAAUGCACCGGAGCUACCGGCGUACGACUACCGCCGAGAAGGAGUUGUUUUGGACUUGAACUGCCCUAACUCUAAACUUAUCCUUGAAAAGGCAUCCAAAAACCGGGCAUUUAUUCACCGCUACACGUGGCUUCUCAUUCAUAACUCUACGUACAAGUUGGAAACAAUCCAGAAGAUUCUAUCGGACGCGGCUGUACUCCCUGACGCGGACGUCACCUGGUGCGCCGCAGACGACAUACUCGAUAUUCAUAGACUCAACGAACACCAACCCUAUGUCGUGAUGGACUUGGGCUUAUCUGUUAAUAGCACUGUUGAGGGUCUGGACGCUGUGUGGAGCACAAUACCGACAGCAGCUACCAGGAGGAGGCAUUUAAAUAACUUAACCAUAAACGCUGUUGUCAUUGUCUCACAGCCGCAGUACUUCAAGGGCUGGUCGGACCUCUCCAACAGACAGAUCGACACUUUUCCGAAACUGACGUACCCGAUGCUGAUGCUCUCUGCAGAAGACUUGCGUUUCCGGUUUAAUCUCAAGCAAGUGGACGAGUACGGCGUGGAGUUGAAUGGGUCAUUCACGGGCACGGUCGGGCUGCUGCAGCGCGGCCGGGCGGAGCUCGGAGUGGCCUCCAUGUUCAUGAGGUCCGACCGCUGGAGGGUGCUGCACUUUAGCUCUGAGACUGUAGCGGUGCUUAACGCGUUCAUGUUCCGAGCCCCAGCGCAGUCGUCGGUGUCCAACAUAUUCCUGCUGCCGCUGAGUCGCGGAGUGUGGUGCUGCGCCGCCGCCCUGCUCUGCAGCAGCGCGGUGCUGCUGGCCGUCCUGUCCAGCCGACUUGUCGCUACGGACCCUACCCUGGAGCUGCUGACCCUCCCCGAAAUAUUUGUAUUCUCCAUCGGAACUGUUUGUCAACAAGGGUUCUACAUCAUGCCGAAGCUGUCAUCAAUCCGCAUGAUAAUGUUCCUAACUCUGCUGACGUCAUUAUUCACAUUCACUGCGUACUCCGCGAAGAUCGUGGCCAUCCUGCAGACCCCCAGCGCCGCGGUGAGGACGGUGGCCGACCUCGCUGACUCGCACAUGGACGUGGGCAUUCAGGAGACCACCUAUAAGAAGGUUUACUACGCUGAGAGCACGGACCCCAGCAUCCUCCGUCUGUUCCAUCGCAAGGUGGCUCCGCUGGGCGAGCGCGUCUACAUGUCCGUGGUGGAAGGAGUCGAACGCAUGAGGACUGGACUCUUCGCUUUUCAGGUGGAACGCAGUUCUGGGUAUGAAAUCAUCAGCAAGACAUUUACCGAAAGCGAAAAGUGUGGUCUGAUGGAGAUCGAAGCGUUCAAGCUGCCGAUGGUGGCCGUGCCGCUCAGGAAGCACUCCGGAUACCGGGAGCUGUUCGGCACGAGGUUGCGUUGGCAGCGCGAGGUGGGGCUGAUGUCGCGGGUCCGCGCCAUAUGGCUGGCGGCCCGGCCGCGCUGUGAAGGUCGCGGUGUUGGCUUCCGGGCGGUACGGCUGCUCGACAUGCUGCCUGCCCUACAGAUGCUCGCAGCUGGGGGACUGGUUGCCGUCGUUUUACUCAUCCUAGAAAAUGUAUAUCACCACUACUCCAGAACAGGGAAUGUUUUGCGUCGGUAAGGUCUAAACGUGUGUCCGGUUCAAUCUCUGCGGCUUUUGUAUCUUGAGGCACCAGUUGAUGAAAACUACAUGUUGAUAAAAUACCAGAUAUGAGCUAAGGCCUUAAUCCAAAUACCUGCGGAGUCCUUUCGUCCGCACCAGGUUUGCUCAGCAAGGGCGUGCGGUCAGGCUCACUCCUCGUAUCGAGAGACUGCCGGAGAGCUACCAGAGCUCGCAAACUACUUUUAACAUUCUUCAAAAUAUUCCUAAUUCUAGUGCCUAUAUAAUUCCUUCUAUUCCUAUGUUGAGUCGGUACUACUAGUAACUAUGUGUUGUGGGCUCGAGAUUUACUUGCUCCCGCUCACUUCUAUUGCAAACUAAUCGUGCGUUACGUGUUAUUGUAAUGCAAUUAAGGCCUUCGUUUCAUAUCUCGUCGUAAAGUUGACAGAAUCAAUGCCAACACAUCUCCAGGUGUCCCGGGAAUCUGUCUCGGCCACAUUAGUGAAAUAACUUGCAAUGCGGGUAGAAAGUGACUUAUUUCACUGUUUGGGCCAAAUA